AUGGCUCUCAGCAAUAUGACUUUGGUAAACGAGACCAUGCGGGCGGUUGUGUGGCAAGGCAAUCCAUACAACGUGGGCGUUGUGGACUUGCCGAUGCCGACAAUUAUAAAUCAAAGUGAUGCCAUUGUUCGCAUGUCCAGAGCAGCAAUCUGUGGCUCUGACCUGCACAUUUACCGAGGAACAAAUGAGGGCAUGCCAGCCCCAUUUGGGCUCGGUCAUGAAGGGGUAGGGUACAUAUCUGCGAUUGGAGCUGGUGUGGGUUCUCUUCAGGUGGGAGAUCCUGUCAUUGUUCCCUUCACUGUCGACCAAGGCCAUCUCCACGCCGAUCUCACUUCAUCCAUGUACGCUGGCUAUGGAAAUGGAGGUGACAUCGGGGGAACACAGGCCGAAUAUUUGCGGGUGCCCUUUGCCGACAAUGGCUUGAUACCGAUUCCUUCACUUGAAUAUACCAAUUCGACCACGAAUGAAUCGACAUCUUUGAUCAACGACUAUGUAAUGCUCUCCGACAUCUUCGCUACUGGCUGGACAUCCCUUGAUUACGCAGGUUUCCAGCCGGGCGAUACGGUUGCGGUGUUCGGCGCUGGACCAGUUGGUCUUAUGGCAGCCUACUCUGCUAUUCUACGAGGCGCGUCGAAUGUCUAUAGCGUUGACUACGUUCAAGAUAGGCUAGACCUUGCCAAAUCAAUCGGUGCCAUUCCGAUCAAUUUCCAACACGCCGACCCCGUUGAGCAGAUAUUGAAUCUCGAGCCAAACGGAGUUUCACGGAGUGUUGACGCAGUUGGAUAUGAACAAGUCAAUAGAAAUCUAACAGUGCAAUCAGAUAUCAUCAUUAACAACAUGCUCGCUGUGACAUCCACAGGUGGAGGCUUGGGUACCGUUGGAGUUUACAGCCAUCAAUCGAACGACACGGCAACUGCACCCCGCGCUUCCACAGUACACACUGAUAUCAACUUCUCUUUGUCUGACUUCUUCUAUGGCGAAUACAAGUGGGAAGCUGGACCAUCAGACCCAAUUGAGCUUGCACCGAAGCUCGUGCAUCUUGUUGCGUCAGGGAAAGCAAGGCCGGGAUUCAUCGUGAGCGAUGUGAUUAAUAUCGAGGAGGCUCCGGAUGCCUAUGCAAGGUUUGAGAGACAUGAAGCGACCAAGGUUGUCAUAGCCUUUGAUUAA